UUGAGUAAUAUUCAAUUAAUUAUAUAAUAGCAAUUUUUAUUUGAAACAAAGACCGUAAUCAAAGCAAAGUGUCUUGCUGAUAACUACAAACUUGCAUUGCCUGUAAGUUGGGCUCGGUUCAAUUGGCUUCUUUCUCCAGAAGAGGUCAGCAUGAGUGAGCUGCUGGAGUGUGUGAAGGGGGAGGCUGCCUUGCAGGACCUCAACUGCCUUCAGUUCAACAACGAGCUCAUGCAUCACCUACGCUACAACAAGCGAGACCUCUCUGGCCCCUCCUCAUCAGGCGCCCCCUUCAUGGGGGAGCCUCAGCACUACGCCCCCUCCUACGUCAACAACUUCAUCAACAACAGCAUCAACAUCCCUCAGUUCAACAACUAUGAUGCUGCAAAGCUCUACAAAAACCCAGUCGCCAACGUGAACAACUACAUCAACAACAGCCUUAACAACACCAUCAAUAACAGCAUCAAUAACAGCCUCAACAACAGCAUCAAUAACAGCAUCAAUAUCCCCCAGCUGGACAGCUAUGAAGGCACGAGCUCCUGUGACAACUCUACCAGCAAUGACAGCAACCUUGUCAAUAAGAGCCUCAAGAUUCCUCAGUUCAAUAACUACGAACCCCCGACCUCCCUCGGCAACCCCCCAGCUAAUUACGAGGCCGCAAAAGCUUAUAAGGAGCCCGCAGCCUCUGCAGAAAACAGCUACCAAUGUUCUGAGUGUGACUACCGCACUACUACUAAGCAGCUCUUGAUGCGACACUUCUCAUAUAAACACAAAACUGACACAGACAACAAGUAUCAGUGUCCGCAGUGUGACUACUCGAGUCGCGUGAAGCAACACCUCCUCAGGCACACACUCUACAUGCACUCUUCAGAAAAACCUUUCAAGUGCAUGCAGUGUGAGUUUGCAUGUGUCACCAAAUACAACCUCAAGAUGCACCACCUACACAAACACUCCCUGGAGAAACCCCUCAAGUGUUCGCAGUGUCCGUACACUUGUGUCACAAACCAGCAGCUGCGGCAGCACCACCUGCACAAGCACCCAACACAAGAUGUACUCAAGUGUGAAGAGUGCGACUUUACUUGCACCAAGAGGCGCUUGCUGGCCAAACAUCGUCUCGUUGAACACGAGAAGGAGAAGAAGUUCCAGUGUUCCGAGUGCAAGUACGUGUGUGUUCGCAAACGUCGCCUGGAACAGCAUUUUCUCUUCCUGCACUCGCACGAGAAGCCCAUACAUUGUACGUUUUGUCAGUACUCUUGUGUGACCAAACAGCAACUCAAGAAACAUUGUAUCCGACAACACUCAACACAGACGGCUGAGGACAACACAGAUAAUACAACAACAACAACAACCUCCACAACAACACCCACCACACCAACCACAACAACAAGCACAAGUUGAAGUCCCAACAUCCGUUGUUCUCCAGACCAGCUGGCGCUGUAGUUAUAAAUUUAAUUCAUUCCCAUUAACCCAUUCAACAUAUAUGGAACAAUUCAGAAACGCCCAAUGCGUCCAGCACAAGUUGAAGUUGUCUCCAAACCCCUUUUGUCUCCAGACGAGUGUUGUAAAUUUGACUCAUCCCUUAUGAGGGUAAACACUCGUCAGUUUGAUACAGCGAGCCCCAAUCCGUGGUUAAAUCCCUCCGUGGGAUUAAAUGAUCCCAUAGAUCAAUUAAUGAUCAUUGUAAGAUUAAAUGAUCUAUAAAUGAUCAUUAAAUGAUCCUAUAGGGUUAUGCAUGUGUUACCGAGUAUUAUCCAACCCAGGGGUAAAUAUGAGUUUGUCGGCGCACUUGACAAGUGGUAUUGCCUUUGGGGUCAAUCAUGUCCAUAUAAAUAUAUGUUUGUGGUAACAUGCCUUUUCUGGCAUGUAGACUUGGGUUACAUGCCUUUUCUGGCAUGUAGACUUGGGUUACAUGCCUUUUUUGGCAUGUAGACUUGGGUUACAUGCCUUUUGUGGCAUGCGGUCUUGGUAACAUGCCCAUCAUGGCACGAGGACAUAUGUAACAUGCCUUUUGUGGCAUACGGACUUGGGUAACAUGCCUAUUGUGUUCCCCACAAAUGUAAAAAUAAUAUACCAUAAUAUUAUCGAUAAUCACUUAAGUGAACGCACCUUCUUUCUUUCCAAACUAUAGCUACCACAAUUGGGUCUCAAGCAUUGCGCAAUUUAAGCAGACUUAUUAUUUAUGAUUUUAUUUCUACAUGAAUUUUAUGUACUUUUUCUCCACUCAAUUUAAACAGUUUUAUUCUUAAUGAUUUUAUUGCUACCAGAAAUGUGAGUUAAUUAUUUAGAAUAGUGCAAUUUAAGAUUUAUCAACUCACAUAGUUAUUGACUAAUAUUCCAACUUACGUUAGAUGAUAAGAAUCUUUACUGAAAUAAAUAAUUUUAAUCUAUGUCUGGUAGUGCCCUAGAUUAUGUGCUAGCCUCUAGUUUGGGUCUAUGCUCUAGCUAGCUUCUAGUUUGGGUCUAUACUCUAGCUAGCUUCUAGUUCGGGUCUAUGCUCUAGCUAGCCUCUAGUUUGGGUCUAUGCUCUAGCUAGCCUCUAGUUUGGGUCUAUUCUCUAGCUAGCCUCUAGAUUGGGUAUAUACUCUAGCUAGCCUCUAGUUUGGGUCUAUGCUCUAGCUAGCCUCUAGUUUGGGUCUAUUCUCUAGCUAGCCUCUAGUUUGGGUCUAUGCUCUAGCUAGCCUCUAGUUUGGGUAUAUACUCUAGCUAGCCUCUAGUUUGGGUCUAUGCUCUAGCUAGCCUCUAGUUUGGGUAUAUACUCUAUCUAGCUAGCCUCUAGUUUGGGUAUAUACUCUAGCUAGCAUGCUAGCCACUAGUUCACUAGUUUGGAUCUAGUUCGUAAACAAUGUUGAGUAAACUUUAGGUGUCGUC